UACUGGCUGGUCAGACUCUUCAGCGAGCAGGAAAAUGGCCGACCGUCAAGCAACUGACUUUUCUGCGCUUUAAAAACGAACAUUCUGCUUAUUCGGUUUACAUAAUCUAUUACAUAUUUAGGUUACAGAUCAGCAUUUAAAGUUGGGUGUUUUCUUUGUUAGCUGCAUAGUUACUUGCCCUUCGGAUAAGUAUUGUAUUUCACAUAGCCUCGAAUGCCUCAAAAGCUAAAAUUUCGCACUGAAGCACUUUAGCUAGCCGGAUAGCUAGCUAUAUUUCAUAUGUAAUUCCUAAGAAAGGAGCCACGGGAAAGGGAACAGCAGUUCAUGGAAGACAAGAAAAGGAAGAAAGAAGAUAAAAGAAAAAGGGAAACCUCACAGAAGGUUGCAGAGCAAAAAAACAAAGUGCCAGAAUUGACCAAGCCCCCAUCCGCCCCAUCUCCUGCCACCUCCAGCUCGGCGGCCUCCGUGUCCUCCAGCCCUGGCCCGGUCUCGACGCCCACGGCUAACCCCCCCUCCGCCUCUUCCUCCGCCGCCACCGCGGCUGCUGCAGGCACCACCCCCUCCUCCGCCUCCCAGGCUGGUGGGAACAAUGCGAAGCGGCAAGCGGUGGCCCCCAACGGACAGCCCCCCGGCCCCACUGGUACCGGCCCAGGCUCUGGCUCAGGCCCUGGCUCUGGCACCGGGACCCAGGCCUCCUCUACACAGCGCUACAUGCCCCGCGAAGUGCCCCCUCGAUUCCGCUGCCAGCAGGACCACAAAGUGCUACUGAAGAGGGGUCAGCCACCACUGUCCUCCAUGCUGCUGGGGGGAGGCAACAGCGGGCCAGGGGCGGGGCCUGAUGGAGGCGGCGGCCCCGGCUCGACGGUAGCUGCUGUAACAGAUUCCAGCCAGGGCUCUGUGGUGGGUCCCGUUGCUGCUCCCCCACUACUGCCCCACCACACGUCAUCCACCUCCUCCCCAUCAUCAAUCGCUGCUGCUGCUGCUUCUUCUACGUCUUCGUCUCUUUCUUCUUCUUCGUUGUCGUCGUCUUCUACUACUUCUUCGAAUUAUGCAAAUUCCACGUGGGGGGCCAGCUCUGGCAGCCAGCUCCUCUCUCAGGGCAGGGAGAAGGUGAUAGUGGACAGGUCGGACCUGGAGGAGUGGCCCAGCAUCGGUGCCGCUGACGGAGGAGGUGGAGGGGGUACGUUGAGAGCCGGAGCUGGUGGUGCUGAGGCCCCAAAAGGGGGCCCAGAGGAAGUUGGAGGCGUAGUAGGAGGAUCCAAUGGUGGUGGUGGUGGUGGUGGUGGUGGUGUUGGUGCGGGCGGGAUGCCCAACUGCAGUGCCUCAUGGGGCGAGCGUCACCUCCAGCAGCAGAAGGCUAUGGGGGUCGCUGGAGGAGCAGGUGGAGGCAAGCCUGGUGGUGGUGGUGGUGAGACCGGCAGCCCCUCUCCACCUUCCAACACCUCCAACCCACCUAAUGAAUGUAUGCAGGCCACUGGCGCUGGCGGUCUCGUCGGUGGUGGUGGAGGAGUCUGGGGGCCGUCGUCUUCUUCCUCCCUGGGAGCGGACGGAGGAAAUGCAGUAGUGGCCGGCUCAAUGCCCCCCUUAUCCAAAGCCUCCUCUCUCCUGGGAUCCAUGGACGGCUCCCACCACGGUGGUGGUGGGAGUAGUAGUGUAGGAGGAGGAGGAGGAGGAGGAGACAGAGGAGGAAUUCCUGGUGCCAACUUCAACCCCAAUGCCAACCCUUCUGCCUGGCCGGCCCUGGUGCAGGACGGGCCUGGAUCCGGGUCUGGGGCGGGGGCGGGGGCAGGAGGGAUGAUCGCGGUGAGCGAGGGUGGUGGUGGCGGUCCUCUCCUCCCACACCCUCCCUCCACCCAUUCCCAUCCCCACCACCUCCAAAGCUCGACAAUGUCAUCUGCCAACGCCCUGUCGUCAUCCUCCGCGCCGGGCCACCCUAAUCUUUCUGUGAAUCUUGCCUCUCAUCAGCAGCAACAGCAGCAGCACCACCACCACCCUCUUCACCAAAUGCAAUCCAGAGACAGAGCGCCAUCGGAGUGGGGUGGCACUGGCACACUGGAGCCUGGAGCAGGACCAAAAAACAUGGCGGCGGAAUCAGCCAACGAAGCUGGCAUGGACUGUAGUAAUGGAGGAGGAGGUGGCGCGGGAGUUGGCGUCAUCGGCGGGAUCGACCCACACACGGGAGCUUCUUCCUCCUCCUCUUCCUCUUUGACCUCCACCAACGCCUCAUUAUCAUCCUCGUGGAGGCCUCAGCCUUCUUCAUCAUCUUCGUCUACUUUCCCCAACACCAAUAACUCCAACAAAACGGGUGCCUCAAGGACUGAGCCAUGGGGUGAUGGUGGAGGGGGAGGCAGCGGAGGGGGAGGACCAGGCCCAGGAGGGCACCCCGCCUCUGGGGAGGUCGGGGGAAACACCUGGGGCUACGCUGGAAGUGGAGGUGGAGGAGUUUCGGCAACAGAUGGCCGAGGCGGCGUGUCUGGUGGCUGGGGGGGAGGGAGCUCGGGAGGCCAGGGCGCUCAGACCCCCGGUGGUAAUAGCGGGGUAUCUCAGGGAGCGUGGGGUGGGGUGGGUGAGUGGGGGGGUGGUGGUGGUGGUGGUGGUAGUAGCAGCACAGGAGGAAUGGGUGCGGGGGUGGGAGUGGGAACGGGUGGCGUAGUGGGCAAUCCGCACAGCUCAAGCAGCAGCAGUGGCGGCAGCAGCAGGGGCAGCGUGGCAGGGGGCACACACCAUGCCGCCAACAGCAACUCUGCUCCUGGCACGACACGAGCAUGGGACAAUCAGAAAAGCGGAGGAGGGAGUAGUGGUGGAGAAGCAGACCAAGGAGGAGAGUGGGGCGGCACAGGGAGAGGAGGAGGAGGAGGCGGAGGAGGUGGAGGAGGAGGUGGUAGUGGAGGUGGCGCCUCCACAUCCAGCGGUGGGGGGAACUCCAGGAGUGGCGGCAGCGGCAAUGCCGGUGGCAACUCACACAAUCAGCACCAUCACCACGGCAGCCAUCACCACCACUACCAACGCGGCAGCAGCGCCCCGCACCCGUCCGCCACCGCCGAAGUGGCCUUACAGAACAUGCUGAGUCGGAGCGACUUGGACCCGCGCGUCCUCUCCAACACCGGCUGGGGCCAAACGCAGAUCCGGCAGAACGUGGCCUGGGACCUGGAUGCUGCCGCCGCCGCCUCCACCACCUCCACCACCAACGACAGAGACGGUGGCGGUAGAGACAGAGGGGGCCGAUCUUCUACUUCUUCUUCCUCGAUGUCAUCAUCAAUGGCGGCGUCCGCUGCCACCGGCGGGCCAUCAGGGUCCGCUGCUCCGUACCCGGGCCACGCUUCGGGCCCGUCGUCCACGACUACUGAUCCGAUGGCGGCGGCAUCGUUGUCGUCGUCAUCUUCUUCUUCUUCUUCUUCCAUGAUGCCUCACAACUCCAACUCCUCUUCCUCCCAUGGUGAUGGUUGGGACAGCAGCAGUGCCUCCUCCUCCCACACAGCACGCGGUCCUCAUCCGCCACACAGCAGUAUCCAAAACACCGGCGUCUCACAAUCGGGCGGCAUGAUGCAGCAGUCCAAGGCCAUGGGGAUGGGAGGAGGGAAUGGAAGUGGGUGGGGAGGGUCAGGUGGUACAGAGAGCCAGGGCAAGGGAGGCGGCGGAAGUGGCUGGGGGGAUGUUCAACAGGACAGGAGGGAGCAACGAGGGGGUGGGGGUGGAUGGGGUGAUUAUGGUCAACAGGGUAACAGGGGUGGUAGCAGUGGGGGUUGGGGAGGUGGUGGUGGUGGUGGUGGCGGAGGGCAGGAUGAGAAAGGGACCGGACGUUGGAAGGAUAUGGGCAGGGAUGGAGGAGGUGGCGGGAGCAGCGGCUGGGGUCAGCCUGGGAACAGUGGAGGAGGUGGGGAUUGGGAAGCCAAGUCGGGCACCAGUGGGUGGGGGGACAGCAGCAAGCGGGACAGCGGUGGGGAUACAGAAGUCGGCACAUGGGGUGGGACUAGUGGGGGUGGUGGUGGUGGUAUGGGGGGGGGGGCGGAUGCAACGCCCAGGAGGGCGUGGGGGGCAGGGGGUACAGGGGGAACGGGUGGAGGUGGUGGUAGUGGUGGAGGAGGAGGAGGAGGGGCGGGAGACAUGGGCAGCAAAGCUCACCACCAAGGCUGGGGUGGUGGCAAGAUGCAGCCGCCGCCGCCAAUGUCGUCGCAGAUGCCAAACAGCCAGCAGCAGGCAGGCGGCCUCAAGGGCCCGGGGCCGCCUCCCACGCACCAACAGCAGCACCAAUCACAGGGCCAGGGGCCGCAGCAGCUGGAUGGGUCAGCAGCAGGGUCCAUGCAAGGGGGCUGGGGGUCCCACCAUCAUCAUACAGGCGGUGGUGGUGCUUCCCAGGCCCAGAGCCAAAGCGGUGGGUGGGCCUCCGGGCCCAUCCCUAGUGGUGGAUCAUCGGGUAAUGCCGACGCGACAGAGCCCAGUGGCUGGGAAGAGCCAUCGCCGCAGUCCAUCAGCAGGAAGAUGGAGAUCGACGACGGCACGUCUGCAUGGGGGGACCCGACUAACUACAACUACAAGAGCGUCAACCUGUGGGACAAGAACGGAAAUGGCGCCUCCUCUGGUGGUGGGCAGCAGGCGCACAGCGGCCAAGGCCCGCCGCCGCCGUCGUCUUCUCAGCACCAACAGCAGCAGAUGCAGGGUCCAAACGCGAUGCAGCAACAGCAGCAGCAGCAGCAGCAGCAGCAGCAGGGGCCGCCCGGAAGGCCUUCUGGGAACCGAGACAUGAGCCUCUCGCACCCUUCCAACAAGGCACCUCCGAUAGCUCCCUCUGGUUGGGGGAGCGGUGGUUCACCCUCCAGCCCCUGUGUGGACAACGGCACUGCAGCCUGGGGGAAGCCCACCGAAGCUGCCACAGGCUGGGGAGACCCAGACGACGCCGGCAAGACCUCGAGCUGGGGCAACCCUUCCACAAAUGCCACAAAGUCUGGUUCCAAGUCUAUGCAAGACGGUUGGGGCGAGGGCGAGAGCUCAGUGAGUGCGUCGCGGCACUCGAGCUGGGAGGACGAGGAAGAGAGCGGCGGCGUGUGGAACAGCGCUGGCUCUCAGGGCAGCGGCUCCUCCUACAACUCGGGCGGCUGGGGGCAGCAGGGCCACGGAGCCAAGAAGCCCAGCAAGGGCCCGAUGAAGAGUGGUGGAGGCGGUGGAGACUCCUGGAUGAACCCCAUGACUAGGCAGUUCUCCAACAUGGGGCUCCUGGGAGAGGACCCCAGUAGUCGGACACUGGACCUGGCCCCCGGGCCGCCCCAGGACAAGAAGCUGGAUGGCGAGAGGCGAGCCAUGAGCAUGAGCGACUACAAUGGGGAUCUGCGCAAGGGCCCGCGGGCCGCCGCCACUGCUGCCGGAGGAGCGGGACUAGUCUUCCGACCCAAUUCCAAAGACGUGGGGCCCGUCGAGACUGGAGCCUACGGUGACAAGAUUGGAGGUCAUAACAUGUUUGGUAGUGCGAGUGGGAUGGCCCAGUCCAGGCACCAGCCUGGCGUGCCGCCCCUCAACCCCACCCCCGGGAUACGAGCGCAAGUGCCUCAUCAGUACCUGUCACCUCAGGUGCCAGGUUCCGUACUGAAGCAGAUGCCCCCUCCGAGCAGCGGAGUGGGCGGUGUGGGAGGGGUGGGGGCGGGGGUGUUCCCUCCUCAGCUCUCACAGCUCUCCCCACAGCACCUCGCCAUGCUCAGUGGCAUAUACCCCCCUCACAUACAGUUCCAACUGGCGUGUCAGUUGCUCCUGCAGCAGCAGCCUCAGCAGUCUCAGCAGCAGCAGCAGCAACAGCAGCAGCAGUUGCAACAGCAGCUGCUGCAGAACCAGAGGAAGUUUCCCCAGAACGUACGGCAGCAGGCCGACCCCCAGCAGCUUGCCAGGAUCAUGGCGGUGCUGAGGCAGCAGCAGCAGCAGCAGCAGGUGGGGGCGGCAGCAGGCAUGGGCUCAAAGCUCUCGCCCUCUCACCUGGGGGGCGGGGGCGUCCCCAAGAUGCCCAUGGCCGACUCCAUGCCCCACCCCGCCGGCGUGGCGGCCUCCGUGGCCGAUCUGCACCAAAAAGCACAGGGGCCUUACUCCGGUUUCAGCUCGGGCAUGAACCUGUCUGGCCUGGAGCUGGGCUCCAUGGUCGGGGGAGGGGCCGGGGGUCUGAAGGACUCGGCCAGCCAGCAGUCACGCUUCAAGUGGAUGAUGGAGGGCAACUCGCCUGCCCCCUCCCCUCCAGACAGCUAUUCAAAGAACGGUCCCAUCUCUGCGCCCAUGAAGGCCAGAGGCGGAUCCCCCUAUUCCCCCUACGAGCUCCUGGGCGCCGACGGCCUGGGGGUACCCCCGCAAUCUGCCUCGGACGGCUGGCAUCGCACGCCUGGGAAAACGGGCACCAAGACUGGCACGUCCAGCUGGCCUCCAGAGUUCCAGCCGGGCGUGCCGUGGAAGGGCAUCCCGAGCGUUGACCCCGAGUCCGACCCCUAUAUGACCCCUGGUGGCAUGCUGAGCUCACACAGCCUCAACGACACCGAGCACCAACUACUGAGAGACAACACGGAAUCCAACCCCUCCCUGAACACCUUGUUGCCUUCACCCGGUGCCUGGCCUUACAGUGCCUCUGAGAGCCCCCUCAACAACGCACACAACCCAGCUAAAUACACAGAGUACAACAAGGGCAGCUGGCCCCCCGAGCCCAUUGGCCACAAGUGGAAGGCCAACCGCAACAGCCCUCAGCUGCCACGCCCACCACCGGGACUAUCCAGUCAGAAACAGCCAUCCGUGUCCCCGUGGGCGGGAGGAAGCCCGCGAUUGGCCCGAGUUGGUGGUUGGGGCGGCGGCUCUGGCGGCAGCCAAGACACCAGAUACGGAGGACAAGGUAUGGCGUGGAGCGAUGGGACCUCCAGGGGAAGCUGCUGGCUGCUGCUGAGUAACCUCACCCCUCAGAUUGACGGCUCCACCCUGCGUACUAUCUGCAUGCAGCACGGUCCGCUGUUGACCUUCCACCUCGGCCUGACCCAGGGCAGCGCUCUGAUCCGCUACAGCUCCCGGCAAGAAGCAGCCAAGGCCCAGAGCGCACUGCACAUGUGUGUCCUGGGUAACACCACCAUCCUGGCGGAGUUUGUGAGCGAGGAGGACGUGGCUCGCUACUUCGCACAUUCCCAGGCUGCUGCUGCUGCCGCCGCCGCUGCUGGUGGAACUGCCGGAGGCGUCGGAAACGCCGGAGGCACCGCAACGUCUCCUGGUGCUCCGGGCUCCUCGGCCGCGGGAGUUCCCCCUGGAGCGGAACGCUCGGCUGCUGGGGGCAACGGUGGCAUGUCAUCAUCCAUGGUCGGAGGCAACGGAACCGUGGGCGUUAGCGUGGUGGGUGCCGGAGCCCCGGGUGUUGCCGGUAUGGCUGUAGGCGCCCCCUCCACCGGCUGGCAGAGUUUGGACGGUACAGGCAGCUCCCCGGACGCCUCUUCCUCCUCUGCGGCCUCCAACCACGGGGCAGCGGGGCUGGGCGUCUUUGCCCAGUGGAGCAACGGGGCUGGGGUGGUCGGCGGCGGAGGAGUAGGCAUGGGGGGAGUGAUGGUGGAGCCCAGUCGGGCCCAGGGGCUGUGGGGAGGGAUGCCCUCGGGGUACCCUGUCGGGGUGGGGAGCAGCCUGUGGGGGUCCCCCGCUAUGGAUGACCGCCACCAGAUGAGUAGCCCUGCCGCUCUGUUGCCAGGAGACCUGCUGGGAGGAGGAGCCGACUCCAUCUGACUGAAACAUCCCACUUAACACACACACACACACACACACUCACACACACACACACACACACACACACACACACUCACACACACACACACACACACACACACGCAUAUACAUGCAUACGAAUACUUACACACAUCCAUGCACAUAUAUAUAUAUACAUAUUUGCAUACACGCCCAUGUAUUCCUACCUACCUACCUACAGUACAUGCGUAUAAUACAUUUCACACACACAGCCAUACAUGCAGACAUUGAACCUUACAAGCAUACAUACACAUACAUGCAGAUAUUCAAGGACCAUACAUACAGUAUAGGCACACACAUACAGGCAUAUUACCUUACAAACAUGAUAUAGACAUGCAUACAAACGGACAUGAAUUGUUACAAACAUGCACACAUUCAAACUUGCAUAUAUGUACCUACGUUCAAACUUAUUGACAACCUUUCACCAUAAAUGCACCCAGACUCUCACCAUCUAUACUGAAUGCAUACAUGCAUCCGGACAUCUACGAUAUUUGCUGAUACACACAGACAUACAAGCACCCACCACUGAAUUUCAUCUAUACUACUCUUCAUACAUUCAGAGAAAAGUGGUCAUACAGACUCCACAAGUGUGCCAGUACCAAAUAGCACCUAACACACACACACACACACACACACACACACACACACACACACACACACACACACACACACACACACACACACACACACACACACACCUCUUUACUUUCAGUUCCAGUCGAUCAUCUUACAGGUACACAAAGUCUGCCAGCGCACACACCCACACACUCACACAUUCACACAUCCACACGUACACAUACUUGCACAUCUGCCCGCACAUGCCUAGACAUUGACAUAUGCACUGUGGCAAGCACUCGAAUCGUGCAGCUGUACCGAACAGUCACUCUUAUUGUUAUUAUUUUUAUUACACACAAACACACACACACACACACUAUGAAGCACUCAAGGACACACACUUUCCAGUCAGGAAGCAAAAACAGCCGCGACAGGUUACAGUAGAGCUUGCUAUUAUUGUCACUAUUACUAUCACAGAUCCUAAUGUAAUCCUUUAAAAUGACAACACAUGCAUCCUCAAAAGAAAAAAAAGAAUCUGUCAUCCCUCUUCUCAAAGAGAACAAAAAAACGAGGAGAAAGUCGGGAGAAAAAAACGUGAAAAUUCUCAGAGGGAGAUCUUGUAAAACACUGGCCAUAGAGGUGUACACUGUCAAACUAUUGUUCGCAGCUGGUUGGGAUUAAUUGCAUUACUGACAAACACAUAUACAUAUAUAUACUUUCAUUCAAAAACACACCUACAAACACAAACCUACACACAUGACCACAUGCAGACACACAUCCAUACUCAAAAGAUGUACACACACACGCACACACGCACACCUUUUACCCUUAAAUGAAGACUUCAGCAUCAAGACUUGAACCGACAACAAACAAACAAAAAAAGUGAAAUAGUUGGGACUUGCAAGAUUCAACUGGAUGAAUCCUUAAUCUUGAGUUUCUGUAGACAAGUACAUUAAUUUUACCCUGCAUACUGAGACACUCACUCAGGCAUGCACUGUAAAGGAAAAAAAAAGACACAAACACACACACUUAUACAAACAUAGCCUACCAAUAUGCAUCAUUUGGAUGUCGUUCUGUGAUGAUUUUUGUUUUGUUUUUUUGUUUGGGACGCUACAUUGCAGGAUGAUUUCAUAAUGUUACAGCUCUCUCUUUACUCAAGAAAAAAAAAACGUGGAGAAAAAAAAAUACAACGAACAUACCAAACACUCGCGUCCUUCCUAAGACACACUGUUCUAAUGUUUGACAAAAGAAAAAAAAUAAUAAUCAAAACUGUAUGUUGUUGUCCUUUUUUGUUUCUGGUUUGUUUGUUUUUGUUUGUUUGUUUUCAGUGUUUGGACAGUGGCAUCCAGAAAUGUCUUAUAUAUUUCCAUCAGAUGCUGACCUCGUAUGUAUUUUUUGUUUGUUUGUUGGUUUGUUUGUUUGUUUUUAUUUCGUACUCAAUCAAGUGUGCUUGUCAUGAAAAAGACUAUGAUCAUUUAGGAUGUGUAGCUGUAUCUCUAUAAGGUGCCCUUCUGCCUAUGUAUGUGUGCAUGACAAGUGGAACAAGCGUCAAGCGGAGAGUUCAUUGUUUUUUUUUUGUCUGGAUGGAAAUUUGGAACGGAAAUUUCUGCCUUUGUCACUGAUGGGUUUGGGGAAGGGAUGGGCGGUUUAGUGAAUGGGGCAUUGGGGCAGGGUGGGUUGGAGGUUAGGGUUAUGUUUGGCUGUGGGGAGGGUAGGUAGGGGUAGGGUGGAUGGGGAUGGGGGCAGGACCAUUGAGUGUGUGUGUUUGUGUGUGUGUGUUUGCUUGCUGAAUUAUCUCGCCAGUGGAGGCGAAUAAAUGUGUGUGUGACAGCUUCCAUCAGGUGUUUCGACGUUUAUGUCUGCGCUCAACACGUGUUAGUGCGCACAAGCUUUGAAUGUUCUGUGCGCUUGUGUGCGUGCGUUGCGUGCGUGCGUGCGUGUGAAGACCACAAGUUCAACAACAUUGGCACUAAUGAAUAUUUCUUAAGUUGUGGUUUUAGCAGCCUUUUAUGUUUUAUAUAUUGUCUGAAUUGCAAUAAUAAUAAUAAAGAUGAUAUUAAUAAUACAUUUUUUAGAAGAAAAACCAACUGAAGGCAUUCGUACUGAGACAUGCCAAACACACCAAGCUGAGCUGGAGAGGUGUCUUAGAAACACUUAAAGAAGUUACCAAUUGUUUUAUUGUUUUGUUGUUGUGUUAUCAUUUUAUUUUAAAUUAAGGUGGGCUUUAUCACUCCUGUUCAGGUUUUUUCCCUCUUUGUUUUUGUUUCGGUUUCUGAUUUUACAAAGAAGAAGAAAGUAAUUUAAACAAAGAACAAGACAAUUAAUAAAGGUUGAAUUCAAUUGUG